AUGAACGCAGUGGAUUCAACUCGAGCAUUCGUCAAAGACGUUAAGCGGGUCAGCGUCAAGGUCACAUUUUUCUAUUCAAUUCCUGCUCCUGUACUCUCCAAAACCCCCAACCCUCCUGCUGUAACCCAUAGUCUUCCCUACCCCGCUGCAACCCCUUUCCCAAAACCCAAUUCUUUGGUGGCGAUUGGCACUACGGUGUCGCGUUGUAGUGGUAGGACUGUUUUGACACCAUGGGUGAAUGAUGGUGGGGCGUCCAUGGCGUUUCAGCUGAUUGAUUUUUGCUGGGUUGGCGUUUCAACUGCGAUUGAUUUUGGCUGGGGUGCUUGCAAGGGUGUUGAGGUGGAAGCAGAUCCUCUUCGGUUGGGAGGAAACCGCAGGACAUGCGGUCCUCUUCGGUUGGGAGGAAACCGCAUGACAUGCGGUUAA